CCACGUCCCACGUGGCAGUCGAGCCCGAAUAGCGUCCUACCCGCCAAAAUUCCGAGCCUUGUCCCCUUCCCCCAAAACUCCUCUAAAACCCCCAAUUUCGCUAAAACCCUAGCUCUUCGAUCCGACGCCAAUGUCGAUCGAUCGAAUCUUCGAAGCGAUGGCGAACGACACCGACCGCACAAGCGUCGUCCCGAUCUCUCUGUUCGUGGCUGUGCUUUGUUUGUGCAUCGUUGCGGCUCAUCUGCUGAAAGAGAGCCGAUGGGUUAAUGAAUCAAUCACCGCUAUCGUGAUUGGAUGCAUCACAGGAACUGUUAUCCUAUUAUUAAGCAAAGGCAGCAGUUCUCAUAUUUUACAAUUUGACGAGGAAUUGUUCUUUAUAUAUCUACUCCCACCCAUAAUCUUUAAUGCCGGAUUUCAAGUGAAGAAGAAACAGUUUUUUCAGAACUUCCUUACCAUAAUGCUAUUUGGAGCGGCUGGUGUUUUUAUAUCAUCCAUCAUAAUCUCGGUUGGCAGUUAUUGGCUCUUCCCAAAGGUCGGUUUUAAUGGGCUUGACUUACGAGAUUAUCUAGCUCUUGGUGUGAUAUUUUCUUCAACAGAUACAGUCUGCACCCUGCAGGUUCUUCAUCAAGAUGAAACCCCUAGACUGUAUAGCUUGGUCUUUGGCGAAGGUGUAGUAAAUGAUGCUACAGCAGUAGUUAUUUUUAAUGCAAUUCAGAAGCUUGAUGUUUCUAAAAUACACGGAUGGACAGCUGUCUAUUUUUUUGGAGAUUUUCUAUACUUGUUCUCGACAAGUACUGUCUUAGGCAUUGCGACUGGGCUUUUGACUGCUUAUGUCCUUAAAGCCUUAUAUUUUGGUAGGCAUUCAACUGACCGUGAAAUAUCUUUAAUGAUUCUAAUGGCAUACUUGUCUUACAUGAUGGCAGAGCUAUUGCAGCUUAGUGGAAUCCUUACAGUUUUCUUUUGCGGGAUUGUGAUGUCACAUUAUGCGUGGCACAAUGUGACUGAGAACUCGAGAAUCUCAACAAGGCACAUCUUUGCUACACUGUCUUUCAUUGCUGAAACAUUCAUCUUUCUGUAUGUGGGGAUGGAUGCCCUUGACAUUGAAAAGUGGAAGAUGACGAAGACAAGAUUGAGUACAAUACUAGGCAUCAACUGUAUCAUCAUUUUUCUGGUUUUGUUGGGUCGCGCUGUAUUUGUGUUUCCUCUCUCCAUUCUAUCCAACUUUCUCAGCUCAAAUGUUGAAGCUGCUCCGGUUACAUUCAAACACCAGGUUAUAAUUUGGUGGGCUGGUCUCAUGAGGGGAGCUGUUUCGAUUGCGCUGGCAUUCAAUCAGUUCACAUUCUCUGGUGUUACAAUGGAUCCUGUUCAUGCAACAAUGGUCACCAGUACUGUUGCUGUUGUGCUUUUUACCACAAUGGUGUUCGGUAUGCUGACAAAACCACUUGUAAGAAAUGUAAUUCCCCGACAUGCACGUGCACAUGACACUAACCUUUCCAAGGAAAAAGAUAUCACCCUCCCUCUUCUCCCCAUCGACGAUGCUGGUGCUUCUAGCUUUCAGCAAGCGAAGAGAAGCCUAACGAUGCUGCUGGAGAGGCCAGCACACACCAUUCAUGCUUACUGGAGGAAGUUUGAUGACACCUACAUGAGACCAGUUUUUGGUGGACCUACUUAGCUCCUAAAACUUAAUAAUAAAAUUUUGUAAUCUGAUGGUGCAUCAAAGUGUGUUGUUUUCGUCAAUGUUCAUAUUAGACUUGAUCUUUUCGAGAAUGCUUUAUAAUAAUAAUCACCAGAAAGCUGGUGUAUAGAUGAGAUGUACAGUCAUGUAAUUUAUGCCUACAGGAUUUAUUUGCUUAGACUUGCCAGCCUGUAACAGUUUUUU